UGAGCUACGACAGCCUACGAGCACCACAGCCAGAGUCGGCUUCUAGCGCUGCACCUAGAAUGCAUGGUGACCGUGGCCAGGGUCGCUUUCACAGGAGCAAAACGCAGGGUUUCUUGCACAAUCCAGCUCCAGCCUCCAGCUGACAGUGAGAGUUUUGUUGGGACUUCGGCAUUGUUUAGCCGCCACCGUGGAUGUUAGAGAGAACUCUGGGUUUCAGAGCGCAAACAGUGGUGCAGCUACACGCACGCACUUGAGAUCGUUUGAAGGGUUUUGCCAACAGUGCUGCAACAUAAGUUUCUGACCCGCUGGCCCAUUCAAAACCUUCAAGCAGGGCCUCCGCCGCUGCUUCCAUCAAACCACGACAGGGAUGCAGGCCAAGCAGCAGGAAUGGCCACCGGCCUGGCAACCCAAGGGGCUCGAGUCCGAGCCUCUAGUUCCCACACAGGGGGCUGAAAUCAGAAAGGGCACAGGCGACAGGCAGAAAGCGCGGCACUGGGCCGAGUAUCUUCCUUCCACAACCAGCCUCGACACUGACGGUGACCUUGACGAUGGGGACUCGGUGAAUGGGGAGCCUCCCCCGCCAUCAAUGAAACCGAUAACCAAGCCGGCACCGCAGCAGGAUGCGUCGUUGGUAAAGCGCCCUGCGGCCCUCGACCCAGCAUCAGCGUUCGUGCAGGCGUUCCAGGUGUUGAGCGCAGAGGAUCGGGCACGUGUUGCUGCGGCCUCAAGAACGCACUGUGUUGUUGAAAGCCGAAGGGAGUCGCUGCAGGCGGGCGAGCAGAGGAGGGCACCAAAGGCGGCCGUCGAGAUGGUGCCCGUUGAGGGAGCGACAAUGCACUCGGACGCCAGCGCUGGGGACGUGGGAGCCGUCCGCCGGAGGCUCGAGGCCCGGGAGAACGUUGACGCUGUCAGCCACGAGUUGGGGGGCCAAACUGCCCUUCACGUUGCCAGCGGCCAGGGGCGGACUGCCACCGUUGACCUGCUCGUCAGAGCGGGAGCGCAGCUGGAGGUUCGAGACGACGGUGGUUUGACGCCGCUCCACUUCGCCGCCUCUAACGGGCAGACGGCAACCGUUGCUCUGCUCAUCAAACUGGGAGCAGAUAAGGAGGCCAGGACGGACUUUUACCAGACGCCCCUCCACGUGGCAGCCGGCCAUGGGCGCUCCGCGACGGUCGACGUCCUUCUCAGGAACGGAGCCGACGUGAACUCGAUCACUAACCUGGGCCAGACCCCCCUCCACCUGGCGGCCGCGCUGGGCCAGACGUCGACGGUGUCCAUUCUGCUGCGGCACGGCGCGGACAAGGAGGCGCAGGACGACGGCGGGCUGACCGCGCUGCACGGCGCGUGCGAGAACGGGCGGGCGGCCACCGUGGACCUGCUGCUGCGGAGCGGGGCCGACAAGGAGGCGCGUGACAAGGGUGGUCAGACGCCGCUGCACAUCGCGGCGGAGAACGGGCAGACGGGGACGGUGGAGUUGCUGUUGCAGCACGAGGCGGACAUCGAAAGCAAGACGGACUACGCCCACACUCCGCUCCAUGCCGCUGCCCGGAACGGCCGCACGGCAGUCGUCGAGCUCCUCCUGUUGAAAGGGGCUUGCAAGGAUGCCACCACAAACCUGCGCCAGAGUCCGCUGCACAUCGCGGCCUCCAUGGGCCGCACCGCCACGGUCGGGGUGCUCAUCCGGGCGGGAGUGUUGAAGGACGCGGAAGAUGACCUGAGGCAGACCCCGCUCCACCUGGCAGCGGCCAACGCGCAGAUCGCGGCGCAGACGGUCGACCUUCUUCUACGGUCGGGGGCCAACAAGGACGCCCGGGAUGACUAUGGCCGGACGCCCCUCCAGCUGGCGGCCAAGCACGGGCAGACGCCGACGCUGGAGCUGCUGCUCAAAGCGACGUACCCACCGGAGGCCUCUUCAAAGCCUCGAGCAGCCCAGCGCCCUCCCACCCAAACGACCGCGGGGGCACCGCAACCCGUUUCGGCCAACAUUCAAUGGACUGUUCCGGGGCUCGAGUUUUCGGCGGCCAAUACAGUGGGCGCGAAGGGCAGUGUCGGCCAAUCGGUGGACGCAAGGCAGGGGAAGGAGAAUAGGCAAAGGUUGCGGUAGAGAUGGGCGCUUUGUGCGCAGAAGCACGUUUGAAGGACGGGAAGAUCCUAUGCUGGUCUGUCACAAUUACUCCGGGUUGGUGCGAGAUCUUCCCUUGAUGAUUGUAAUCGAGUCGUUGAAGUGAAGCAGCAUGUAUAGAGGUUGCGAAGUGUCUGACUUCGAACAAUACUAACAUCUAGAACAAGGGAAAGAUAUGUAGAAUCCAGCCGUCGAUCUGCCAAGCAAUGCUGUGAGUCCCCUAAGCUAUGGCGGUCGGCACUGAGGACUCUGCAGCAAGACUGAGUGAGGACUAAAAGAGAAGGGUCCUUUAACACCAGAACGCGCACUAACCCGCUUCCACAAUUCGUUAAGCCACGUUCCCAUUGCAAUCCG